GUCAGCCUGCUGGGUGGUUCGAUCCAACAGAGACAACCCACCUCUCAGCCCACAGCUGUGCGCAACGACCACUGCGGUGAACUUGUGGAUUACUGGAAAGUAGAGGGGAUGAGACUACCAGAGAACGAACCCCUGCUCACUCCUUAUCUUCUGCUGCAGGGGGUUAAAGAGGAAAUGCGCUCUCAAACCCACGGCAGACCGAAGGAAGCAUCUCUAACAAACGCCAGCCAGUGGGUGUAUUUGGCGAUGGAAAGCCAGAACUUUACGCAAGGACCUGUUUCCAUCAACUGCACGCGGUCGCCUGCCCCACCAGCAGGAACAGGAAUCGCUUUACCGAUGUUUAUGUUUGCUGGAGGCGCCAUUGGAAAUUUAAUUGCAAUAAUCGUCCUUUCGGUGUCACGACAAGAGAGGAAAUCUUCCGCUUUCUUCGCGCUUGUGCGCGGUCUGGCGGUGACGGACCUGCUGGGCACCUGCCUGGCCAGCCCGCUCACCAUAGCCACCUACCUGGACCCGAAAGUGUUGCAGAACCAUCACAUCUGCGAGUUCCACUCCUUUUUGUUGCUGUUCUUCGGUGUCGCCGGACUGAGCAUCAUAUGCGCCAUGGCAGCAGAGCGCUACUUGGCUAUCUGCUGCCCCUACACCUACCAGCGCUGGGGGGUGGACGGACGCUUUGCGCAAAAGUUCCUUCUCUUCAUUUACAUCAGUCACAUUUUGUUCUGCUGCCUCCCCAUGAUGGGCAUGGCGGCCAGCAAGCUGCAGAAGUCGAACACCUGGUGCUUCAUCGACUGGAAGACACACGAGCCUCGGGCCACCGCUUACUCCGUCCUGUACGGCGCCGUCAGCCUGCUGCUCAUCCUGGGCACCAUCCUGCUGAACCUGGCGGUGUGCGGAGCGCUGCUGCUGAUGCGGCAGAGGACCGUGCAGCGGCCCGUCACCAGAGCCAGCGUCCGGGAGAGGUGGAGGGCUCUGUCCUCGGCCGCCGAGACGCAGAUGAUCGCGGUGCUGGUGAUGACCUCCGCGGUGGUUCUGGCCUGUUCUGCCCCGCUGGUGGUGCAGGUGUUUGCCAACCACUUCAAACAGAAAGACGACGAGGAGGCCUACAAGGCAGACCUGGCCGCCAUCAGGAUCGCCUCAGUCAACCCCAUCCUGGACCCCUGGAUCUACAUCCUGCUCAGGAGGUCUCUGUUUCGACGGUUACUCAGUUUAUCCAGGAGAAGCAGCAGCACUCGCAGCAACUCCCCUCCUCCACCGCAGAGGAAUCUCUUUUUUCCUGACAUCAUGCGGGACAGCCACGUGUUCACCCAGCUGAUGUGCAACGCAAACAUCAUCUCUCAGCUGCCGGCUGCUGUCAGAUUCACUCCGUACGACACGGAGAGCCUCCACCAGACUUCAAACGCUGCACGCUGAGCUUGUGUUGGACGUCUUUCUCUGCUGCAAGCAGCCUCACCCGGACCACAGACUCUGUUUCAGAGCAAUGGUGACGAUGAAUAUGUGAACUCACAGCUGGACGGGAGCCACACAGCUCCUGCAGGAUUAUUUAUCAAGUAAAAUGAAGCAGCAAUACUGACAAGAGAAACUACUUGACUCUGAUGUCGCUCCUGAAGUGCAAUAACGAGACAAGAUGGAAGCUUUUUAUUCUCUGUCUUUCCGUGCUAUCCACCGUCUUCUCAUGGCUUCUAACUCACUGCCACACUUCUUCUAACCCUUUUUUCUAAUUAUGUCAUGAAGCUCCCUCCUCCUCCUCCUCCUGCCUCCAGACCAGUCAGUCCUACACUUUAUGGGAACUAAUCAGCUCCUGCAGAUGCAUAGACGGCUUGUGUCGUGUUCAAAUGACCAGUGACACAUUUUCAUACUUACAGACAUGACAAGAGUCUGACUUCAUGCUGUUUUUAGGUCUCUUUGUGGCAGGCAGGUGAUCUUUUUCAGCUGCGUUGUCUAUGGAAACUCCCUGGGAGGUAUUUCUGCAUUAUGAGAGAAACACAAAGCCAGAAAAGCACUGACCAAAAUAUGCUGCUGUUGCCUGUUUGUAUUAAAGAUUUAUGUUUGCAAUAAA